GCUUGUAUGAAUAGCCCGGUAAUUGAAGUUGAAGAGUCAAUGGACGCAGUGACAAAGAAACAGCUUCGUCUUCGCGAGCCUUUGCAACUUCCUUACUAACGGUACAAUCUGGCCACAUCAAAUACCAACCUAUACAGCUGUUCUCAACUAGGUUGAUGCCAGCAAUUUCGUUGCUCUUUUAACACAUUCACACAUAUUUCCGGAACUCACUAAACCUCUACCAAUGAUCCGCUACCCACCAUGUCUGGCUAUUUGUCUAUGCUAGGUUGGGCCUUUCUCCCAAAUCUUGCAACAGGAUGGCUCCAGUCCAUAUAUUAUGGUUUUACCGUUCGCGCCGGCGAUCCCAAGCCUGCCCCUGGCUCUGCUCGCUAUAACUCGCAUCGACGCACCAUACAUAUCCUCGUUGUCGCUGCCUACCUCUGCUACACAAUCUUCGAAGCGGACUAUGAACAGCGCCGUAUAUCCUCAUACUAUGCAGACCUCGGAGUGCCACUCGAUGCUGCCGAUCGUGAGAUCAAGACGCGCUUCCGCCGCUUGGCUGCCAUGCACCACCCAGACAAGGCAGGCAAGAACGCAGGCGAUUCUGCUACCUUUUUCAUGCACCUAAAGGUUGCCAGUGAUACGCUACAAGAUACCGCCAAAAGAUUUGCAUAUGAACGCUUCGGACCCGAGAUUGCGCGGUGGCAGAAAUGCGUUACCAUCAGAGAUUAUGUUACUCGUGGUGUUGUCUCCGGUAUCCUGCCUCACUACGUUGUGGCUGCCACAUCAAUUUACGUUCUAGGCUUAUUUGGCUACAUGGAGUUUGGUAAAUACUACCGGUGGCUAGUUCUGAUCGCCCUUUGCGUAUUCGAGCUCCAUGCCGUAACACGUCCCGAUUUCCCACCUUUUGUCAAUGCCAUCAACGCCGUCCUCCUCCGAUUUACAUCUUCGCCACCAUAUCUACCUUUCCAGAUCAUCUCUCUCGCCCGGAGACUCACAAUUACUUUCUACAUUGCUCUCAACCAGAUAGGACCUCUCAUUGCGUUCAUGAUCACGGGGCCAGAAAAAUCUGAGGACGACGACGAAAAGGCUAUGAGACAAAGCCUACAUCGCCUUGAAAUGUUGACAAAGCAACUUGACGGAGAUGCUGUACGACUAUUGGAUAUGGAAAUGGCUCCUUUUAAAGGUGACAAUGAUGCAACGUCCAAUCUACAGGGCAAGAUGAGGGAGUGGCUUGUACAGAACACGAUCAGAGCUGACCCUAUGGUUAGAGAUGCCAUGGGAACGUCACUGAGGAAGAGGAGAGUUGAUGCACCUGCCGGUGCAAAAGGUAACAGAUAGACAAACUUUAUCAAUAUCUAUUGUAGUUUUUUCAAGUAUCAACCACUAGUUAAUCUGUGCUCUAUGCAGGCAACUUUAUGAAUAGCAUGAAAUACAAAGCACUGCCAAACCCCAUUGUAAAUGACAUCAGAAAUGCAAGC